AUGAAUACCGAGUUUGCUGCCAAAACCAAUGACAGCCUUCCCAACUACAUCAUCGAAACGGAUUGCGGACAACAGUGGCAAGUGGCACUUAAAGUUAUCAAUCAGUCCCUCACGAUAAUGCAAGAAAUUCGAAACCGUGGUUCAGAAGAAUCGCCUAUCCUGAUCUCGGAAAUCAGAGCCGAAGCAAUGGAGAAAGUUCUAGAAUGGUGUCACCGUCAUAAGGAUGAUGCUCCGUUUGUCGCCAACCGGCCGUGCAUCAAACACCACCGGCACAGCAAAGCACGCCCGAUUCCACUUCCAAAAUGGGAUAAGACAUUUUUGGGUGACAUGAAUACGAUUCUCCUUCUUCAAGUGUUGGACGCAACGACUACUUUGAAAAUCCCGAAACUUAUGGAGUACACCUGCCAAAUUGUUGGAAAAUUGGCGAUGAAGAAGACGGCAGAUGAUAUUCGAAAGCUCUUCACUGACGGUGAAGAGGGGAGGGAUCUUACUCAACCAGGACCAUCUCAUUCUCGAAGAAUGUAA